GACCACCUCCAGCUCCCCCCUCAGUGUCCUCACCAGCUCAGCGGGUUCCUCUCCCACCUCCAGUACUAGUUCUUCUGUGAACCCCAUGGCGUCUUUAGGUGCUCUUCAGUCUCUUGCUGCGGGUGCUGGAGCAGGUCUCAACAUGAGCUCCCUAGCAAGCAUGGCUGCUCUGAAUGGUGGUCUGGGCAGCGGAGGUCUCUCGAACGGCUCGGGCAGUGCUAUGGAAGCUCUGACUCAAGCAGCCUAUUCUGGGAUCCAGCAAUAUGCCGCUGCCGCUCUGCCCAGCCUCUACAGUCAGAGUUUACUGUCCCAGCAGAACGUUAGUGCCGCUGGCAGCCAGAGGGAAGACGUGGCUCUUGUGAUCACCAUCUUAAGGAUUCAUUCUUGUUUUAAAUACGCUGCAACAGCAAGUCCCAAUCAGAGCGCGGGUAAGAGAUCAUUAUCACUCUCCACAAUGCCCAUUUUUCUACAUUUUGGUUUGUUUAAAAGUAAGUGGAGAUCCAUACCAGCAGCUCUUUGCCAAUGAAUUCCAUGAGUAUUCUGUGAUAGAUACAACUUCAAGCCUGUCGGAAGCAUCUGUGGCAUGCUCUUCUAUGCUGCUGGUUUUUGAUAAUUGAUCAUUGUUAUUAUCAGUGUUGAAAACAAAGGGUUUAUAUUUUUGUUGAA